ACGAUGAUUGAGUCCAUUGAGCACCAAUUUGGGCGGAUUUAUUCCGGGUCAAUCUUUGGCAGAUUCCAAAGGGUACCAUCAUAGGUUUCAGGUGAUUUUUUCGAAAUACCAUUUUUUUGAUUCUGGAGGCUACAGAUCAAGGAAUCAGGCCGAGGCUAUUCUCCACCGAUAAAGAAGUCUAUUGGUCCUAUUCUCCACGGGGUGAAAGAUAAAUCCGAAUUCUUUGACUAUAGAUAAUAAGUCAAUUAAGCACCGAUUUGGGCCAAAUUACUUUCGGAAUCAAGCCGAGGAUAUUCUCCACCGAUAAUGAAGUCUAUUGAUCCUAAUCUCUACGAAUGAUAAUUUCAUUAAGCACCGAUUUGGGCCAAUUUAUUUUUGGAUGGCAUUUUUGUAAUUUCUUUGGCGACGAAAGACCAUUUUCUUUGGAUAAUGAAGGCUAUAGAUCACGGAUUCGGCCUGAGAUUAUUCUUCAAUGAUGAUUGAGUCCAUUAAGCACCGCCUUGGGCGAAUAUAUUCCGGGUCAAUUUUUGGCAGAUUCCAAAGGGGUACCAUCACAGAUUUCUAGUGAUUUUUAUGAAAUGGAAUUUUAUUUCGAUUCUGGAGGCUACAAAUCACGGAAUCAGUCCGAGGCUAUUCUCCACCGAUAAUGAAGUUUAUUUAUAAAAUUCUGCACAGAUGAUAAGUUUAUUAAGCACCGAUUCUGGCCAAAUUUUUAUCGGAAUGCAUUUUCGUAAAUUUUAAUGCGACGAAAGGCAAUUUUCUUUGGAUAUUGAAGGCUACAGUUCACGGAUUCGGCCUGAGGCUAUUCUUCAACGAUGAUUGAGUCCAUUAAGCAGCGAUUUGGGCGGAUUUAUUCCUUGUCAAUAUUUGGCAGAUUCAAAAGGUGUACCAUCACAGAUUUCGGGCGAUUUUUCCGAAAUGCGAUUUUCUUUCGAUGCUGGAGGUUACAGAUCACGGAAUCAGGCCGAGGCUAGUCUCCACCGAUAAUGAAGUCUAUUGAUCCUAUUCUCCACGGAUGAUAAGUCCGUUAAGCAUCGAUUUGGGCAAAUUUAUUUUCGAAUGGCAUUUUCGUAAUUUCUUGGGUGACGAAAGGCCAUUUUCUUUGGAUAUUGAAGGCUACAGAUCACGAAUUAGGCCUGAGGCUAUUCUCCACCGAUAAUGAAGUCUAUUGAUCCUAUUCUCCACGGAUGAUAAGUCCGUUUAGCAUCGAUUUGGGCAAUUUAUUUUCGAAUGACAUUUUCGUAAUUUCUUGGGCGACGAAAGGCCAUUUUCUUUGGAUACUGAAGGCUACAAAUAACGGAUUCGCCUGAGGCUAUUCUCCAACGAUGAUUGAGUCCAUUAAGCACCGAUUUGGGCGGAUUUAUUCGGGAUCAAUUUUUGGCAGAUUCCAAAGGGGUACCAUCACAGAUUUUGGGUGUUUUAUCUGAAAUGCCAUUUUCUUUCGAUUCUGGAGGCUACAGAUCACGGAAUCAGGCCGAGGCUAUUCUCCAGCGAUAAUGAAGUCUAUUGAUCCUAUUCUCCACAGAUGAUAAGUCCGUUAAGCAUCGAUUUGGGCCAAUUUAUUUCCGAUUGGCAUUCGCUUAAUUUCUUGGGCGACGAAAGGCCAUUUUCUUUGGAUAUUGAAGGCUACAAAUCACGAAUUCUCCUGAGGCUAUUCUCCAACGAUGAUUGAGUCCAUUAAGUACCGAUUUGGGAGGAUUUAUUCCGGGUCUAUUUUUGGCAGAUUCCAAAGGGGUACCAUCACUGAUUUCGGACGAUUUAUCCGAAAUGCCAUUUUCUUUCGAUUCUGGAGGCUACAGAUCACGGAAUCAGGCCGAGGCUAUUCUCCACCGAUAAUGAAUUCUAUUGAUCCUAUUCUCCACGGAUGAUAAGUCCGUUAAGCAUCGAUUUGGGCCAAUUUAUUUUCGAAUGGCAUUUUCGUAAUUUCUUGGGUGACGAAAGGCCAUUUUCUUUGCAUAUUGAAGGCUAUAGAUCACGGAUUUGGCCUGAGGCUAUUCUCCAACGAUGAUUGAGUCCAUUAAACACUGAUUUGGGCGGAUUUAUUCUGGGUCAAUUUUUGGCACAUUCCAAAGGGGUACUAUCACAGAUUUCGUGCGAUUUAUCCGAAAUGCCAAUUUCUUUCGAUUCUCGAGGCUACAGAUCACGGAAUCAGGACGAGGCUAUUCUCCACUGAUAAUGAAGUCUAUUGAUCCUAUUCUUCACGGAUGAUAAUUCCGUUAAGCAUCGAUUUGGGCCAAUUUAUUUUUGAAUGGCAUUUUCGUAAUUUCUUGAGCUACAAAAGGCCAUUUUCUUUGGAUACUGAAGGCUACAAAUCACGGAUUCGCCUGAGGCUAUUCUCCAACGAUGAUUGAGUCCAUUAAGCACCGAUUUGGGCGGAUUUAUUCCGGCUCAAUUUUUGGCAGAUUCCAAAGGGGUACCAUCACUGAUUUCGGACGAUUUAUCCGAAAUGCCAUUUCCUUUCGAUUCUGGAGGCUAAAGAUCACGGAAUCAGGCCGAGGCUAUUCUCCACCGAUAAUGAAGUCUAUUGAUCCUAUUCUCCACGGAUGAUAAGUCUGUUAAGCAUCGAUUUGGGCCAAUUUAUUUCCGAUUGGCAUUUUCCUAAUUUCUUGGGCGACGAAAGGCCAUUUUCUUUGGAUAUUGAAGGAUACAAAUCACGAAUUCGCUUGAGGCUAUUCUCCAACGAUGAUUAAGUCCAUUAAGCACCGAUUUGGGCGGAUUUAUUCCGGGUCAAUUUUUGGCAGAUUCCAAAGGGGUACCAUCACAGAUUUCGGGCGAUUUAUCCGAAAUGCCAUUUUCUUUCAAUUCUGGAGGCUACAGAUCCCGGAAUCAGGCCGCGGCUAUUCUCCACCGAUAAUGAAGUCUAUUGAUCCUAUUCUCCACGGAUGAUAAUUCCGUUAAGCAUCGAUUUGGGCCAAUUUAUUUUUGAAUGGCAUUUUCGUAAUUUCUUAGGCGACGAAAGGCCAUUUUCUUUGGAUAAUGAAGGCUAUAGAUCACGGAUUCGGCUUGAGGCUAUUCUCCAACUAUGAUUGAGUCCAUUAAACACUGAUUUGGGCGGAUUUAUUCUGGGUCAAUUUUUGGCAGAUUGCAAAGGAGUACUAUCACAGAUUUCGAGCGAUUUAUCCGAAAUGCCAAUUUCUUUCGAUUCUGGAGGCUACAGAUCACGGAAUCAGGACGAGGCUAUUCUCCACUGAUAAUGAAGUCUAUUGAUCCUAUUCUCCACGGAUGAUAAUUCCGUUAAGCAUCGAUUUGGGACAAUUUAUUUUCGAAUGGCAUUUUCGUAAUUUCUUGGGCGAUGAAAGGCUAUUUUCUUUGGAUAUUGAAGGCUAUAGAUCACAGAUUCGGCCUGAGGCUAUUCUCCAACGACAAUUGAGUCCAUUAAGCACCGAUUUGGGAGAAUUUAUUCCGAGUAAAUUUUUGGCAGAUUCCAAAGGGGUACCAUCACAGAUUUUGUGCGAUUUACCCGAAAUGCCAUUUUAUUUCGAUUCUGGAGGCUACAGAUCACGGAAUCAGGUCGAGGCUAUUCUCCACCGAUAAUGAAGUCUAUUGAUCCUAUUCUCCACGGAUGAUAAGUCUGUUAAGCAUCGAUUUGGGCCAAUUUAUUUUCGAAUGGCAUUUUUGUAAUUUCUUGGGCGACGAAAGAUCAUUUUCUUUGGAUAUUGAAGGACACAGAUCACGGAUUCGGCCUGAGGCUAUUCUCCAACGAUGAUUGAGUCCAUUAAGCACCAAUUUGGGAGGAUUUAUUCCAGGUAAAUUUUAGGCAGAUUCCAAAGGGUUACCAUCACAGAUUUCGGGCAAUUUAUCCGAAAUGCCAUUUUCUUUCGAUUCCGCAGGCUACAGAUCACGGAAUCAGGCCGAGGCUAUUCUUCGCCGAAAAAUGAAGUCUAUUGAUCUUAUUAUCCACGGAUGAUAAGUCCGUUAAGCAUCGAUUUGGGCCAAUUUAUUUUUGAAUGGCAUUUUCAUAAUUUCUUGGGCGAUGAAAGGCCAUUUUCUUUGGAUAUUGAAGGCUACAGAUCACGAAUUAGGCCUGAGGCUAUUCUCCACCGAUAAUGAAGUCUAUUGAUCCUAUUCUCCACGGAUGAUAAGUCCGUUAAGCAUUGAUUUGGGCCAAUUUAUUUUCGAAUGGCAUUUUCGUAAUUUCUUGGGCGACGUAAGGCCAUUUUCUUUGGAUAUUGAAGGCUACAGAUCACAGAUUCGGCCUGAGGCUAUUCUCCAACGAUGAUUAAGUCCAUUAUGCACCGAUUUGGGCGGAUUUAUUGCGGGUCAAUUUUUGGCAGAUUCCAAAGGGGUACCAUCACAGAUUUCGGGCGAUUUAUCCUAAAUGCCAUUUUCUUUCGAUUCUGGAGGCUACAGAUCACGGAAUCAGGCCAAGGCUGUUCUCCACCGAUAAUGAAGUCUAUUGAUCCUAUUCUCCACGGAUGAUAAGUCCGUUAAGCAUCGAUUUGGGCCAAUUUAUUUUUGAAUGGCAUUUUCGUAAUUUCUUGGGCGAUGAAAGGCCAUUUUCUUUGGAUAUUGAAGGUUACAGAUAAUGGAUUCGGCCUGAGGCUAUUCUCCAACGAUGAUUGAGUCCAUUAAACACUGAUUUGGGGAGAUUUAUUCAGGGUCAACUUUUGGCAGAUUCCAAAGAGGUACCCAUCACAGAUUUCGGGCGAUUUAUCCGAUAUGUAAAUUUCUUUCGAUUCUGGAGGCUAUAGAUCACAGAAUCAGGCCGAGGCUUUUAUCGACUGAUAAUGAAGUCUAUCGAUCCUAUUCUCCAAGGAUGAUAAGUCCGUUAAGCAUCGAUUUGGGCCAAUUUAUUUUCGAAUGGCAUUUUCGUAAUUUCUUGGGCGACUAAAGGCCAUUUUCUUUGGAUAUUGAAGGCUACAGAUCACGGAUUCGGCCUUAGGCUAUUCUUCAACAACGAUUGAGUCCAUUAAGCAACGAUUUGGGCGGAUUUAUUCCGGGUCAAUUUUUGGCAAAUUCCAAAGGGGUACCAUCACAGAUUUUGUGCGAUUUAUCCGAAAUACCAUUUUAUUUUGAUUCUGGAGGCUACAGAUCACGGAAUCAGGCCGAGGCUAUUCUCCACUGAUAAUGAAGUCUAUUGAUCCUAUUCUCCACGUAUGAUAAGUUCGUUAAGCAUCGAUUUGGGCCAAUUUAUUUCCGAUUGGCAUUUUCGUAAUUUCUUGUGCGACGAAAGGGCAUUUUCUUGGGAUAUUGAAGGAUACACAUCACAGAUUCGCUUGAGGAUAUUCUCCAACGAUGAUUGAGUACAUUAAGCACCGAUUUGGGCGGAUUUUUUCCAGGUAAAUUUUAGGCAUAUUCCAAAGGGGUACCAUCACAGAUUUCGGGCGAUUUAUCCGAAAUGCCAUUUUCUUUCGAUUCUGGAGGCUACAGAUCACGGAAUCAGGCCGAGGCUAUUUUCCACCGAUAAUGAAGUCUAUCGAUCCUAUUCUCCACAGAUGAUAAGUCUGUUAAGCAUCGAUUUGGGACAAUUUAUUUUUGAAUGGCAUUUUUGUAAUUUCUUGGGCAAUGAAAGGCCAUUUUCUUUGGAUAUUGAAGGCUACAUAUCACGGAUUCGGCCUGAGGCUAUUCUCCAACGAUGAUUGAGUCCAUUAAGCACCGAUUUGGGGGGAUUUAUUCCGGGUCAAUUUUUGGCAGAUUCCAAAGGGGUACCAUCACAGAUUUCGGACGAUUUAUCCGAAAUGCCAUUUUCUUUCGAUUCUGGAGGCUACAGAUCACAGAAUCAGGCCGAGGCUAUUGUCCAUCGAUAAUGAAGUCUAUUGAUCCUAUUCUCCACGGAUGAUAAGUCCGGUAAGCAUUGAUUUGGGACAAUUUAUUUUCGAAUGACAUUUUCGUAAUUUCUUGAGCUACGAAAGGCCAUUUUCUUUGGAUAUUGAAGGCUAUAGAUCACAUAUUCGGCCUGAGGCUAUUCUCCAACGACAAUUGAGUCCAUUAAGCACCGAUUUGGGAGGAUUUAUUUUUGAAUGGCAUUUUUGUAAUUUCUUGGGCAAUGAAAGGCCAUUUUCUUUGGAUAUUGAAGGCUACAUAUCACGGAUUCGGCCUGAGGCUAUUCUCCAACGAUGAUUGAGUCCAUUAAGCACCGAUUUGGGGGGAUUUAUUCCGGGUCAAUUUUUGGCAGAUUCCAAAGGGGUACCAUCACAGAUUUCGGACGAUUUAUCCGAAAUGCCAUUUUCUUUCGAUUCUGGAGGCUACAGAUCACAGAAUCAGGCCGAGGCUAUUGUCCAUCGAUAAUGAAGUCUAUUGAUCCUAUUCUCCACGGAUGAUAGGUCCGUUAAGCAUCGAUUUGGGCCAAUUUAUUUUCGAAUGACAUUUUCGUAAUUUCUUGAGCUACGAAAGGCCAUUUUCUUUGGAUAUUGAAGGCUAUAGAUCACAUAUUCGGCCUGAGGCUAUUCUCCAACGACAAUUGAGUCCAUUAAGCACCGAUUUGGGAGGAUUUAUUCCGGGUCUAUUUUUGGGAGACUCCAAAGGGGUAUCAUCACAGAUUUCGGACGAUUUAUCCGAAAUGCCAUUUUCUUUCGAUUCUGGAGGCUACAGAUCACGGAAUCAGGCCGAGGCUAUUUUCCACAGAUAAUGAAGUCUAUUGAUCCUA